AGGACUUCUCUCUGCUCUCCAUUCUGCAGCGAGAAGCACCGGUGAACUUGACGGCGCAGGUACUUUUAUAACGGGCUGGGACUGAAAAAAAAGUGAGUGGAGCAAAACGCAGUUGUCAUCUGCAAUCAAGAAGGACUACAAGCGUUUCAGGUGCGCUUCCGAUUAACUCUCCAUCAAACAGCUUGUUUUUCCAGUGAUCAGCCUGAGAAGAUCAUGCUGAGAGUUACUGUGACAGCAUCAGUGAACCAUGCAGCCCUUGCUUCUCUUGUUUAUUUGUAUCUGCAUCUCUUCAGCCACAUUGUCAUUUGAUGAUUACAUUUACACUGAGCCUGAAAGCACACUGAGUGUCAGCAUACCCAUUGAGGCAUCUCUAGAGCCUCUGAUGGGUGACACAAUAGUUCUGCCCUGCUACUUCCAGGACAACACUGUCAAUGACCCCGGUGCCACCACCAUUGACCCUUUGUCUCACCGGAUAAAGUGGAGUCUGGUCACCAAAGACAAGACCACAAACAUUUUAGUGGCAUCUGAGGGCAUAGUAAACGUGGAGAAAAGGUAUCUGGACAGGGUCUCCAUGGUGGAAUACCCCUUGACACCCACAGACGCCACCAUUAAGAUCACAGAGCUCCAUUCCAACGACUCAGGAGUGUACCGCUGUGAGGUCAUGCAGGGGAUAGAGGAUAAUCAUGAUUUUGUUAACGUUCAAGUUCAAGGUAUUGUUUUCCACUAUCGUGCAAUCACCACACGAUACACCCUCACUUUUGAGAAGGCCAAGGCAGCCUGUAUUCAAAACAGUGCAGUCAUUGCCACUCCAGAGCAACUUCAAGCAGCUUUUGAUGAGGGCUUCCACCAGUGUGAUGCAGGAUGGCUUGCAGAUCAGUCAGUCAGGUACCCUAUUCAUGAUCCUCGUGAGGCUUGCUAUGGCGACAAGUAUGAAUUUCCAGGAGUGAGGACAUAUGGAGUGAGAGACGUGAAUGAGACUUAUGAUGUCUACUGCUUUGCUGAGAAAAUGACAGGAAAAGUAUUACACAAAACGUCCCCUAAUAAAUUCACUUUUAAGGAGGCAGAAGCUGAAUGUGCAAAGUAUGGUGCCCAGUUGGCUACCACAGGACAGCUGUACAUGGCCUGGAAGGGUGGCAUGGAUGUUUGUAACGCAGGAUGGUUGGCAGACAGGAGUGUCCGCUACCCCAUCAACAUUGCCCGGCCACAGUGUGGAGGAGGCCUGCUGGGAGUGCGUACCGUCUAUCUGUUUCCCAAUCAGACCGGCUACCCCCACCCAGACUCCCGCUACAAUGCUUUUUGCUACUCUGAAAAGGAUGAGGAGGGUUCAGGCUUCCCUGACAUAUUUCCAGACAUGCAGAUGACUACAGAGGAGGGCAGUGGUGUACUGAGCGUUGGCACAGUCACAGACAGCCCCCAGGUCUUUUUAAGGCCCACCUCCACUGAGAGCGAACUACAGGGGGAAGUUGUAACACAUAAGCCUUCAGUGACCACAAGUGUUGACUUGUCAUACACUGAGCUAAAUGUUACCCAGCUGCCCAUUUUGCUACCUCCAAGUUCCAUUGAGGUGAUCACUGAUGUUGUGGAAGUGGUCACUAACAGGACCGAUCUUGGGUCAGAGGUUUCCCGUAUGAAUGAAACUGAAGCUAUCAUGUCUGCCACAGGGGUAGUGUUCCAUUACCGUUCAAGCUCCAGUCGUUAUGCCUUUAACUUUGUGGAUGCUCAGCUUGCAUGCCAGAGCAUCGGUGCAGUCAUAGCCAGCCCUCAGCAGCUCCAGACAGCCUAUGAGGCAGGUUACCAUCAGUGUGAUGCUGGCUGGCUCUUAGAUCAGACAGUCAGGUAUCCCAUUGUGUCUCCACGUGAGAAAUGUUCUGGUGAUUUGGAGCAUGUUCCUGGUGUGAGGUCUUAUGGAUUGCGUCCUGCAGAUGAACGCUAUGAUGUAUACUGCUAUGUAGACAAGCUAAGGGGGGAAGUUUUCCAUGCAAGUUCAUUCGAGGGAUUCACUUACAAUGAAGCAGUGGCUUACUGCCAAGGCCAGAAUGCCUCCCUGGCCUCCACUGGAGACCUGUAUGCAGCCUGGAAGCAGGGAUUUGAUAAGUGCCGUGCUGGCUGGCUUCUUGACCGCAGUGUACGUUACUCCAUCAAUAACCCCCGACAGCAGUGUGGUGGAGGGAAGGCUGGAGUUCACACAGUUUACAUGUUCCCAAACCAGACGGGCUCUCCUGACCUGCACUUCAAAUUGGAUGCUUAUUGCUUCAAGGCACAUCUGGAUUUGUCUCUGAAUGAAAGUGAACCAAACAUAACAAUAACAGAAGAACAAAUAGUGAACAUCACAUCCUUCCCUAGUCUGCUCAGACCUGUUGCCCCCCCUACCACUUAUCCCAUCCCUGUGGAACCAUCUGGAUCAGGCUCUGGCUCAUCCGGGGCCAGUGGCACAGACGAUCUAUUAGGCAGUGGGAGCGGGGAUCAGCCAAGUGGAUCAUCUGGUUCCAGUGGAUACCUGUCAGGAUCUGGGUCCAGUAUUGAUAUUUCAGGGUCAGGUAUCAGCGGUGAUGGCUCAGGUAUUCUUGUGACCUUCUCAGGAAGUGGCACAGUUUUGUCAGGAGUUGGAUUUGCUUCAGGGAGACCCGAGGAGGCAGGUGAAGGAAGCACAGAGAUCCUCACCUUCCCCUCAGGCCUCUUUGGCGUGGACUUCUCUGGCUCAGGAUCAGGAAGUGGGUCGGGGUAUAGCUCUGAGGAGAGUGGAUCUACCUCAGAUGUUUCCAGCAGCUCAGGAGAGAGCGGUGAGAGUGGAGAACUUUCUGGCAUCUCCUCAGGAACAAGUUCCAGUGAGGAGUCCUCAGGUUUCAGUGGUUUCUCAUCAGGAGUUUUUCCCUUUGGAGGCUUUAGUGGAAUUUCAUUGGUUGAUGACAGUGGUGUCAUCAUGGUGGAUAGCCAGUGGGUGAAGGUAUCUACUGUUCCAUCUUUAACAGAACAGGAGCUGGGUAGAAGCCAUGUGGACUUCAGCGGAUCAGGGCAGAUCUCAGUGUCUGGGGUGAGUGGCGGCUUCUCUGGAAUGAGCGGUGACCACAGUGGUUCUGGAAGCGGUGCAUUUUUGGGGUCUGAAUUAAUUGAUCUUUUAAAACAAUCUCGUGACCAGGAAGCAUCUGGGGUGUUGUAUUUUGGGUCUGGUGAGGGGAGUGGAUUUACAUCCGGAGGCGAUGCCAUCGAAUCAGGGGCAUCAGCUAGUGGUGAUAUCACCCUCUUCACUAGUGGUGCCAUGAUGGAAAUGUCCAACAAGCCUUUCCAAGGCAUGGAGCUGGGACGGGGGGAGGUGGAGUAUAGUGGCACUGUCAGACUGUCCUCAGGGAGUGGAGAUGACCAAACUGUCUAUUCUAGUGGAAAAGAAUAUGAGUGGACCCCAACCACUGGUGACACACCAAAGGUGAAUUCCAGUGAUGCUGCCUCAGCACUUCUAUCAGCUCAAGGGCCAUCAGGACUGUACAGUGAUGCUGCAGGACCUGUGCAUUAUUCAGAACCAAAAGGGAUCUUUAGUAAACUUGAUGACAUUACUUCUGCACCUUUGUCUUCUACCAAAGAACCUGCCAUCUCUUUACAGAUCCCUUCUAUCACUGAAAGCCCUGUUGUGAAUGCUUCUGUCAACCCAUGUGAUCCAAACCCCUGUGGAGCCAGAUCAUGUUCAGUGCAGGAUGGCGUGGGCCUCUGUCAUUGCCCACCCGGACUGCGUGGAGAAGAGUGCCAGUUUGAAGUCGAUGUUUGCCAUUCAAACCCUUGUGCCAAUGGAGCCACCUGUGUGGAGGUGGAGGACACUUUCAAAUGCUUAUGUCUGCCCAGCUACGAAGGAGACCGCUGUGAGAUUGAUGUACACAGCUGUGAGGAGGGCUGGACUAAGUUUCAGGGCAACUGUUAUUUGCACUUGUCGGAGAGAGAGACCUGGAUGGACUCUGAGCAACGCUGUCGAGACUUAAACGCUCACCUGGUUAGCAUUAUCACUCCAGAGGAGCAGGCCUUCAUCAACUCAUAUGCACAAGACUAUCAGUGGAUUGGAUUGAACGAUAAAACAGUGGAAAAUGACUUCCGCUGGUCAGAUGGGACCCCGUUGCAAUAUGAGAACUGGAGGCCUUACCAGCCUGACAAUUAUUUUAACUCUGGUGAAGACUGUGUUGUAAUGAUCUGGCAUGAAAAUGGCCAAUGGAAUGACGUGCCUUGCAACUACCACCUACCUUUCACGUGCAAAACAGGUCCAGUAUCAUGUGACCAACCUCCUAAUGUGGAGAAUGCCAGGAUGUAUGGAAACAAGAAAGAGCGUUACCAGGUGAAUUCUAUUAUCAGAUACCAGUGCAAUGAAAACUUCACACAGCGCCACCUACCUGUGAUCCGCUGUAUGGCAGAUGGACAAUGGGAGAAGCCACAAGUGGAAUGCAUAGCCAAGAUCAACACCAGGCCACAGAAGAAAUCCACAGGUCAUCACUCACAUAAAGCGAAUAGCACAACAUUGGAGAAGCGUCUUUAAGGAGAUUUAAAGUGCAAGUUUUUUAAAGUGCAAGUUUUAUAUUUAUUAUCCAAGACCCUGAAUUAUCAAGCAUAUAUACCUGAUUAAAAAGUGUUAUUUUUAAGAUACUUUAAGUGCCCAUCUUGCAUAUAUUGCUGCCCCCUACUUAUUAGAUCACCAUAUUUUAAAUCUUAGUUAUUGACCCUUGAUGCAGUGCUUCAUCUCGUCUCUGCAGCAAAAGAACAGAAACCAAAAGAUCAAAGACCACCAGCAUUCUUAAAGAUGCCAGUAAAUAUUUGCUGAAGGCUUUACAUUUGGACUGGCUAGUGUUUCUUGGUGAAAAGGCACUGAGCUAAGAGCUGGAGGUGCUUAGUCCUUCCUCUAUGAAAAACCCCAAAACAUUUUUGUAUUCUGCUAGUAAGCAAAAUGUUACGUACAUGCACAACAAGAUGAAUGAAAUAUGAGGUGAAGAAAUGUGAAGUAUUAUUAUUAUCUAUAGUUUUUCGAGAGGAGUUAGAACAUUAGGAAAUUAGGAAUGUUAGAAAAUGUUAUAACUAUGAAAGACUUUUACAACAAAAACAAAACAAAAAAAGAGAGAAAAAUGAAUAACUUAUUUAUUUCUACCUAACCAGGCAGAUAGAAAACAACUUGCACAAGGAUGUCAUUCAUUUGUUAUGUCUGAGUUGGACAUCAUAAUGUGAAAUUAGAUCUAUUUAUUGAUUUGUCACAACAUAACACAAAGUACAUCUAUCUUUGACUGGGUGUGUCCAUCUUUUUUCAUGUUUAGUCACAAAAGCCAUAUAUAUUUUAAACAACAUCAGAUCUAGAGGCCAAAUCCAGUCAGAUUAUAAUUGUAAACCCAACCCUGGAAAUGUACUUGUGUGUUACAUAUUAUCUGUGUCGCCCAAGACUGUGCAGGGCAUAGUACUACAUGGUGACCGGAAUGACCCUUGACCAGAUAACAGCUAUUAUUUUAUAAUAAGCUUUAUAAGAGUCCUAAGUUCAGAUAGAACUAUAGAUGACAAGUGCCUUGUAAAUAUUUUGCAUUUGCCUGUUUCUGUGUUGAGACCUUUUACUUUGCUCUUUUGUCUUCUCGAAAAGUACAAGAGGCUGUGCCUCUUUCAUCGCAAUGCCAGGAGAACUCCUCUUUUAUACACCGUAGCUCUAUUUUCAUCUGACACAGCUGAAAUGACGAAUGCAGCAUACACUGCAGAAGAACAUGCACAAACAUUUCCUGAAAACAGCUCUUCAAGCAAAUACUUUGUUGCAUUGUCUUUUUAUUAUUUAGAAGGUGACAGUGUUCGACUUCGUGCCAUAUAUGACUGUGCCUGUAAGACCUAAAUGCUGACAGCACUGUCUUGAGGUCAUAUUGAUGGGGAGCUGGAGUUUCGGGAUGUGACAAAGUCAACACUGAACCCAUGAAAAAAAAAAAAAAACAUGAAGAUGUGUUGUCCUCUGUGAAAUAAAGUUUAAAUUUAGCCAAA